AUGGCAGAGGCCAGUAUUUCAGUAGGUCAGGAUCACUUCAGCUGUUCAGUGUGUCUGGAUCUCCUGAAUGAUCCAGUGACUACUCCCUGUGGUCACAAUUUCUGUAUGGUGUGUAUUAAUGCUCACUGGGAUCAGGAGGAUGUGAAGGGCAUCUACAGCUGUCCUCAGUGUAGAGAGACUUUCACUCCAAGGCCUGUUCUACGCAGGAACAACAUGCUGGCUGAAGUGGUGGAGAAACUGAAGAAGACUGAACUCCAAGCUGCUUCUCCUGCUCACUGUUACGCUGGACCUGGAGAUGUGGAGUGUGAUUUCUGCACAGGGAGAAAACACAAAGCCGUCAAGUCCUGUCUGGUUUGUCAGGCCUCCUAUUGUGACGAUCAUCUUAAACCUCACUAUCAGUCUCCUGCCUUUAAGAAGCACAAGUUAGUUGAAGCCUGUGCAGAGCUCCAAGAGAAGAUCUGCUCUGAACAUGACAAACUGAUGGAGAUCUACAGUCGUACUGACCAAAGCCUCAUCUGUUACUUGUGUACGAUGGAAGAACACAAAGGUCAUGAUACAGUUUCAGCUAAAGCAGAAAGAACUAAAAAACAGCUAACAUGUGGACAUUUUAUUACUGUAGAUUUAUGUUAUCUGACUCUGGAUCCAAACACAGUACAUCCUGUACUCAUUCUGUCUGAGAAUAACAGAGUGGUGACACGGAGUGAGACACAACAGCAAUACUCUGAUCAUCCAGAGAGAUUUGACUCUUGCCCUCAGGUGUUGUGUAAGGAGAGUGUGUGUGGACGCUGUUACUGGGAGGUGGAGAGGAGCGGUUAUGUGGACAUAUCAGUUUCAUAUAAAGAGAUCAGCAGGAAAGGACAGGGUGAUGAGAGUUUGUUUGGACACAACAGUCAGUCCUGGAUUCUGUGGUGUUGUUCUUCCUAUGUCUCUUUCUGGCACAACAGCAUUGAGACUGAGCUCCGAGGUCCAUCAUCCUCCAGGAUAGGAGUGUAUGUGGAUCACAGUGCAGGAACUCUGUCCUUCUACAGCGUCUCUGACACCAUGAGGCUCCUCCACAGAGUCCACACCACAUUCACUCAGCCUCUAUACACUGGAUUCAGGAUGGGUAAUAAUAACUCAUAUGUGAGGUUUUGUGAUCCAAAAUAAAAAGUUAGUAAAAGUGUUUAUAAAAACUAUAAGUGAGGUGUGAGAUUUAAUUUGUCCCUGAGCUACACUGGACAUUUUGUGUGCAGAAACUGGAACAGUAAUGAAUGCAGAAUGUAGAAACAGACUAUUUAACUGUAUGCACUAUUAGGAUGGGUUUAUUAUAGUUGAUAUAAAAAUGUUCAAUGUCUCCUCAGAAAUAAUAAACUUUACUCAAACUG